UAGUAUCUCCGCGUGUGCUCCUGUUGGCAAACAUGUCGAAAACAGUGUUCGUUACAGUGGGAACAACGACCUUUUACACACUCACAAAGACGACGUCAUCGAAGCACCUUUGCAAGGUAUUUAAGACUCUCGGCUACAACAAGCUGACAAUGCAGACUGGCAAAAUAGACUUUGAUAUUGAAGACAGUGACGUGGAUGAUUUUACUCUUGAACAUUUUGAGUACAAAGACUCCAUUGCUGAUGACAUUAAAGGAGCAUCUCUUGUCAUCAGUCAUGCAGGUGCGGGGAGUGUGCUGGACGUCCUAGGGGCCGGGAAGCCUCUGCUUGUAGUCAUCAAUGAAGAGUUGCAGGGAAACCACCAGAUUGAACUAGCACAUCAGCUGGCCGUGGAUGGGCACCUAUACUACUGCACCUGCAGUUCAUUGUGUGAGAAACUACAAUCCUGUGACUUCACCAAGUUGAAACCACUGCCCUCUGGGAAACCUGAAAAAUUUGCAUCAUUUCUGGAUUCAGCUUUGGGAUUUUCAUGACAAAACUAAAACAGUUAUGUUUUCA